CAGAAUUUGUGAAUCGCAUCGCAUCGCCCAGGUCCAGCCAAGGUAAACUGUUCUUGUCGCCUGCUGGUAUAAGCCUGGCGAGGCAAUCUUUGGCCUGUGGUGCCUUCGAACUGCUACGGAACCAACAGUUCAACUUGAUCCCCUCCCAGAGCGCUGGUCCGUCAUCAAUUCCUUCAAAACCAACCCCGAGGGCAGAAUUUCUUAGGCGGUCAUCGCGACUCUGCAACGGGUACAUCGACUGUUGAGCCUUUGGAUAUCGACGGCAAUAGAAGCCCGGCUUCAGAGAGAAAGCGCCCUUGAGUCUCUAUUCCAAUACUCGGCGGAGUAUACAACAUCAGACUCACCAUGGGACGGAAACCUAACCCUGUGAUUGGGGAGUAUUUCACUCGGGGCCCUAAACUUGCAGACUCCAGCAACCGUUAUCCGCACACAUGCAAGCUGUGCGGCGAAAACUUCCCCAAAGGCCGUGGUGAAGUCUUGCAUAAACACAUCACCGAGAAGUGCCCUGCCAUCACCCCGGAGGAGCGCAUCAACGCCGCACUCGGGUUCGCAGGACUUCAUUCUGGUUCUUCAGCACCCCGGUCAAUGAAUCUCACCGUCAACCAGCUCGAUGCCGCUGCGGCGGAAGCCACACCUGAGGCACCGGAAAAUUGGUCCGCCCUCCGCACCCUUGCCGAAGCCUCUCGUCAGGUCGGGGAAAAUGAAAUGGGCGCUCCUUCGGUUUCCGGUCGCGAUGCGUCCGAGUCGGUUGCGCGCCAGCUUGGAAUCGGCUUUGAGGUUCAAGAGCAGUUCACCUUAGAAAACCCACCUGUGAGCUAUGAUAAUCGACCUGGUCGUGAGCUUAAGGAGUCCACGUCCAAUGACAGCACCAAUCCUCUAAGUUACCUCACUACUGAGGAGAAGAUGGAACACCUUCAAGCUGCGACUCAGCAACAAACCCAACUUCCCCUGGAUUCCUCAGAUCUAUCGGUUGCUGUCGCCGCGACCGCGCGUCUCACCAACUCCCUCAUGGACCCCCAAUUGACUACCGAGCCUACCGAACCCCAGGUCUUAAGUCCCGUCAUGUCGCCAACCGAAUCUUGCAAACCAGAGCCUCCCGUCAACAACUCUAGCCCUGUUAUAACGCAGCAACUUCAACAGCAGCAGCAGCAGCAGCAGCAACAGCAGCAGCAGCAACCUCAGCCGCCUCAACAGCCCUGGGGUGAGAUGACUUACAUGACUACCAACCACAACCCCACUGUUGCGACUCAUGUGGCCCCUAUUGCACCACCCAACAGAGGCGGCACGAGGAUGCCGAUUGGAAACGGGACCCAGAGCGAGCACAAGCGCAAGGCUUACAAUCCGGCUCGGCGUAAGGAAGUCCAGGCUGCCCGCAAGAAGGGCGCCUGCAUUAGAUGUCGCAUCCUCCGCAAGACGUGUGGCACCAACGACCCCUGUGACCAGUGCCGAAAAAUUCAGGGACCUCGUCAUUGGACCUAUCCUUGCGUUCGCACCCGUCUUAACCAAGAGCUGACUCUCUACUCGGCCGCCUUGAUAGUGGUCUUGGCGCAGACUAGAGUGAAGCACGCUCGACAAAACUACCAGUUGCUUUCAAACGGCACCUCUCUUGUCGUUUCCCUAUGGGAGGACAGUCCGAGUCUGACACUUGCCGCACUCGUCACUCCCCGACCUCAGCAACCUGUCACCGAAGAUUCGGAACAGGCCAAUGCAGACAUCAAACCAGUCUAUCAGGUCGUCAUGAUCGACCAAGACAAGGAGGAUCUUCCUGCCCGCAUGGAGGAUUUUCUGAAGUCCAUCCUGCCGACCUUGAUCCAGCGCGAGCCGUCACACUUUAUGCAAGUUGUCUUGGAGGCUGCUCAGAAGUUCCCCCAGGAAAAGAUGACCGGCAAGAACCUGAAGCUGGCCAUAGAGCUCUGGGGUCUUAUUGAGAUCCUCGACCGGGAACGCGGCUGGUACAUUGCCGAAGAGCGCGAUGGCGUCGUGUCGCCUCGUGGCCCCGAGGAGUUUGCUGGAAGCGACGACCAGGACAUCUACAACUUGAUCACUUUCCAGCUGUCCGCGGCGACGGAGCGCAAGGCAAACAACGUGUCUAACAAGCUCAUCAGCGAGCUUCAGCGCUGCCUGGAGAACGGCAAGGCCCGUAUCAAUUUUGACGUCUACCUCUCGAUCUUGAUUCUCCUCCAUUGUCUCGAGAAGACGACCUGGACCUUCAAGGUGUGGGAGAUGGACGAUUUCCGUCAGCGUUGGCCCCUCGACCGCCCUCCCGCCAUGUACGUCAACCAGGGUCGAGAAAUUGCCGACCUACUCAAGAUGCUCCUGACUCUCCGAAAGGCCCACCCAAAGACGUUCCGAACCCUUGACGGGCGUCUCAGUCUUAUUGAUGUUGGCGACUCCGACUUUGUGAUGAUGGCCGAGUUUUUUGAAGCUUUGAACCUGGACUAUGACGAUGUUGUCCAGAAGCUAGAGACAUGUGCCUUUAGUCCUGAGACGUCCCGGUCUCUGGAGCUUCAUUUCUGCAGUCAAGUAUUGCUCCCGCCAAAGGAGGGCGACCACACUCACCAUGUCGCUGCUGCGUCAAGUUCUGGCCAUAGCACACCGCCACCACCACCACCCCCUCCUCCAGGCCCCAGCCCUGACGCCGGCCCUACCUCCCUGGCCUCCCCUCCCACUUCCUCCCAGCCGCUGCUGCCACCGUCUCUGCCAUAGAAUGGCGAGUACACCUUUGUGAACACCGUUUUGAACUACUACUAGAGUUGGACGGCAACAGCAGCGACUGGCAAUCAGCCUGUCAAGGCGCACACUUCCACCUUGACUAUCACUUUCACGAUGAUGAACGAUUGGACGAAAGAAAUACCAACAAAGGAUAAUGAUGUACGACUACCACUAUUAAGCAAAAAGCAAAGCUACACAAGGAUAGACACCGAGGACCACAGAACUUUGGAGUAAGGCACUGGAAACGGAACAAAGGCAGUCUUCUAAUGGAAGGGUGUUAUGUACGUACCUAAAUGGCAAGCUCUGUGGCUUUCGGCUUCAAGACAGCAUUCAUUGCCCAUAGAUUUUGCUUCUAGAUACCCAACACGAGUACCAAGACAGUUCAAAAAUGCAGUGCCUCCAUCAAUGGUCUGCGGAAUCUGAACCAAUGCUCAGAUGA